AUGGACGCGAUUUUCGCGCGCCUUUUCCCCGCUCCCAAGGGCCCGCACCCGCAGGGGAAUGGCGCUCCCGAUGGGCGCGGAAAGGAUGGGCGCCGGGGGGCGAAAGCGAGUAACGAGGGCGUUCUGCGCACUGGACUGCUGGCCGCGUCCGCCUUUGCAGCGGGCUCUGGUCUGCUGCUCGCCGCGCACCACCACACCUCACCGCUCGCCCUCGCAGCCGACCCCACCGACACGCAGAAGCAGGCCUCCACCAUGCUGCCACUUGGCAGCCUCGCAGUGGCCGUGGCUGACGUGGCAGCAGCAGCAGUGGAAACGGUGCGUGAGCCGGGCACAGGCGUGGAGUUCCCCGUGGUGCUGAGCGAUGAUGCGGGGGCGGGGGAGGGGGAGGUCAAGGCGGCAAAGGAGGGGAAGAAGGGGAAGAAGGGGGGGAAGGAGGGGAAGGCGGUGCCGUCGGAUCGCACGCUGGCGGGGGUUGGGGUGCGCAACAAGAACCUGCUGGGGCUGAAGAACAUCAAGGUGUAUGCUUACGGCGUGUACGUGGACGAAGCGGCCCUGAAGAAGCAGCUGGGCAGCAAGUACGGGGGGAUGAAGGGGGAGGCGCUCAAGGGCAGCCGGUGGCUCGUGGAGGAUGCCAUCACCGCUGACGUCACCAUGGCCGUGCGCCUCGUCAUCUUCUACAGGCAUCUGAAGAUGGGGCAGGUGCGGGAUGCGUUCAACGAUUCGCUGGGGGGGCGCAUGAAGGAGCUCAGUGGGGGGGUGCCGCAGACGGAGCUGCUGCACAGUUUCACCAAGUGGUUCACCAACGACAUCAAGCUGCAUCGGGGCACGGUCAUUGACAUCACUCGCCGCCCAGGCCAUGUGCUAGAGACAAAGAGUGAUCAUUUCCCCUCGUUCCCACUCAUGCCCUCGUACCCUCUCUCAUUCUCUACUUACCGGUACCAGCUCUUAUCCCCUCCCAACAAUUCUUCCCCCCCCAACGCCCCCGCUCGCUCACUUCCGCCAGUUGACGGCAAGUACAUGGGAUCCACUAAGAGCGCGCUUAUAUCGCGGGCGUUGUUUGAGCUCUAUGUGGGGGACAAGCCGUUUGACAAGAAGGCGCGCGAGGGGCUGGUGGACAAACUCAUUUCCGUCGUUCACUCGUAG